CAAAUACGCCUCGGCAUUCGGCUACUGAUCAUCGUUGGUUCAAGGUUGUAGUGUGCUGUAGGUUGGCCUUAGUUAGUUGUCAAUUCGAAAGAACAUUUUUGUGAGCUUUAAUCUAAGCAGCUAAGAAAGGAGUACAACCAUCGCUUGUUGAUCUUUGGAUUAUACCGAAUAUAAAUAAGAAAUGGAUUCCGCUCAACAGCCGAUGCCAAUGCAAUAUGACAUGCAGCCUCCUCCUGUUUACAUGGAACAGCCGCCUCCAACCUCAUUAAACAUGCAGGUUUUUCUGCAAUUGGUGGCCAACAUGAACUGGCAGGUAGUGAAGGAACCGCGUGGCUUCAUGAAAAUUCUGCAGUUUCUCUUCACCAUCUGUGCAUUUGCAACCACCACAAGCUAUGCUGCCAGUUUCUCCUUUGUUGUGAAAUGUAGUGGACUGACAGACUCCAUGAUCACGGGAGUGGUUCAAUAUGACUUCAGGUUGGAUCACCUGCACAUGAGGCAGAAAGUGUGUGGAGUAGAACAAAACAUUCUGGUGAGCGGCGACGCUUCCUCUGAUGCUCAGUUCUUCGUGGCUGUUGGUGUGCUGGCUUGGCUCUAUGUUAUUGCUGCCCUUAUCCUCUACACCAUCUUUAGCCCCAUGUAUGCUGCAAAUCCUCUUCUCCCGGUCAUUGACUGUGGUAUGCACGCACUGUUUGCAGUGUUGUACCUUGCCAGCAGCAGCGCCUGGGCCAACAGUCUUUCGAUGCUGAAACAUGCCACCAGCUUUGACACUCUGGUCAUGGAGAACCCGCACCUCUGCCCUGAGGACAAGUGUUUCAGUCACAGCUCUCCAGCAUAUGGCAAACUUGAUGUCUCUAUUAUCCUUGGGUUCCUGAAUCUGUUCCUGUUUGCGAGCAACAUUUGGUUCCUGUACAAGGAGACGAGCUUCUUCCAAGCAAUGAAGCAACAGCAGCAGCAGCAGCAAGAUUUCGCGGGAGGCCAGCAGCCGGGAGUGCCCCCACAGACACUUCCCCAGCAGUAUUAACUGAACAAAGCUCAUGGAAAGUGAUCUCCAUUUCUUUGGUGGAUUGAUUGUUCUAGCCGUUUGUUGUCUCUUAUAUUCAUUCUGUUAAUUGAACAUUUGUUGUCUCUUAUAUUCAUUCAGUUAAUUGAACAUUUGUUGUCUCUUAUAUUCAUUCAGUUAAUUGAACAUUUGUUGUCUCUUAUAUUCAUUCAGUUAAUUGACCAAACUGUAAAUGAGUGGCUCAAGUUUUAGUAAUUUCGAUCAGUUUUAUAAUGGGACAACGCGUCUUUAUGUCUUAAAAACUUGUGUAACGGGCAGCCUGCCGCUUGUCUAUCAUUGUCACGCCAAAUAAUGUCUUCUUUAACGGCAGCUGAGAAAGGAUACUAGAUUAUUUAUUGCUCGAGUAGGUCAGCUCCUGACGUGUGAGUGAACAUCUUUAUGACUUAGACAUUUUUGUGCUACGAAAUUAAUGAAUUCAUUUGCCAUCUGAAGUACCGGUAAUUCACUUUUUCAUAAGUUUUAAGUUGACCGAUUAGUAUUGGCAAUAACAAGUUGUUCUCAUUUAGUAUUGAUUGCAAAGCAGGUCAAGGGAGACGUGUUGAAACACAUUUCAAGUUAUUUUCAUGCGGUAACUUCAGUCUCGAUGUGAAAACUUUUCUAGGGAGAAUGAUUUUUGAAAUCAGCCAAAAAUGUAUUUUUUUUGUGCGUUCAAAAGAAUGUUGGUUUCUUUCCACCCAUUGAUGGUGUUUUAUGUUGGUAACUGGAGCGCGGAUUCCAUAUUAUAGGCUUGAUGUCUGAUCAGCUUUGUUGAUGAAAUUGAAAACCUCAAACAAUAGAGCCAGUGAUCAAGAUAGUGAGGCAUUCCAAUACGCGUUGCUAAUUUGACUUAGUAUGUAGCAUACUACCAGUAAGCAUUUUUCCUGGUUUAUUUUGAUCCUGAUAGUGAGUUCGGUCUUGAGUGCUAUUCCACCGCAGCGUGAAGCGAGUGUAAUUGUUGAUGCCCCACGCCUGGCUCUGGCGUCACUGCUCGAGCCGCCGCUGUAUUCUGGUUAAUGAAUGGGUUGUGUUGUCCAAAUAGUGACAUACUUUCUCUCUGUAGCACUCACACGCCCUUUUGAUGAGCAAAACUGGGUCUGGAUGCCCUAUGCAAGGGCAACAAGUGCAUCGCUAUUUGGCCAAAACUCUAUUUUUCUGAGUAUGGAGCCAACGCUUCAUCGCAUCAGGGUCUCUCCUAAGGCCUUUAGCAUUGAGGGUUGGCGGGUUGUUGGCGCUAUUAGGGAUACAUCAUCUUGGAAGAGAUGGCAGUAGUUGAAAUAGGCUUUUGAUUAUUCUGCAUUUGUAACUUUUUGGAAGAAUCAACGACCUGAACUUAGCUGUCAGCGUCAGUCUUGUUGGUCUCAGAAGUGAUACCGAAGUUUCAAUUUUUUUCUUGCCGUUAGGAGUGAAUAAAGCCAGCCGUUGUUAGCAGGAGGC